UUGUGGCGUUGCUGGAGGAGGAGGACGAAGCCAUGGGGAGCGGGGCCAGUGCCGAGGACAAGGAGAUGGCCAAGAGGUCCAAGGAGCUGGAGAAGAAGCUCCAGGAGGACGCGGAUAAGGAGGCCAAGACCGUCAAGUUGCUGCUGCUUGGGGCCGGAGAGUCCGGGAAGAGCACCAUCGUGAAGCAGAUGAAGAUCAUCCACCAGGAUGGGUACACGGAGGAGGAGUGCAUGGAGUUCAAGGCCAUCAUCUACGGCAACAUCCUGCAGUCCAUCCUGGCCAUCGUGCGCGCCAUGUCCACGCUGGGCAUCGACUACGCCGAGUCCUCCUGUGCGGACGAGGGCCGGAUCCUGUUCAACCUGGCCGACUCCAUCGAGGAGGGCACGAUGCCCCCCGAGCUCGUGUCCUGCAUCAAGAAGCUCUGGAAGGACGGGGGGGUCCAGGCCUGCUUCGACCGCGCCGCCGAGUACCAGCUCAACGACUCGGCCGCGUAUUACCUGAACCAGCUGGACAGGAUCACAGCCCCCAACUACCUCCCCAACGAGCAGGACGUGCUGCGCUCCCGGGUCAAGACCACGGGCAUCAUCGAGACCAAGUUCUCCGUCAAGGACCUCAACUUCAGGAUGUUCGACGUGGGGGGGCAGCGCUCGGAGCGCAAGAAGUGGAUCCACUGCUUCGAGGGCGUCACCUGCAUCAUCUUCUGCGGGGCCCUGAGCGCCUACGACAUGGUGCUGGUGGAGGACGACGAAGUGAACCGGAUGCACGAGUCCCUGCACCUCUUCAACAGUAUAUGCAACCACAAGUUCUUCGCAGCCACCUCCAUCAUCCUCUUCCUCAACAAGAAGGACCUUUUCGAGGAGAAGAUCAAGAAGGUCCAUCUCAGCAUCUGCUUCCCGGAGUACGACGGCCCCAACACGUUCGAGGACGCCGGGAAUUACAUCAAGACCCAGUUCCUGGACCUGAACAUGAGGAAGGACGUGAAGGAGAUCUACAGCCACAUGACCUGUGCCACAGACACCCAGAACGUCAAGUUCGUCUUCGACGCCGUCACGGACGUGAUCAUCAAAGAGAACCUCAAGGACUGCGGCCUCUUCUGAGCCCGGGAAGGAAACAUUCCCAUCUCUCCGUUCUGCUGAGCAGAGCCAAAGGAAGAACCACCCCCUCCACAUGUCACCGCUCCCACUUUUUCUAUGACCACCCCAAAUCCGCCUCUUUUCACCCCAAACUAGGAAGGGGCUGAACUCAAUGUCCUGCUCCCUUUCGUGGCCAUUUCCUCUUUUUUUUUUUUUUUGUUUUUUUCCAAGGAAAACUCCCUGUUCUCAGCAUUCCACAGGAGGUUUGACACCAAGACACAGCCAGGAAUAGGAAUAUUGAGGGAAUUUGGGAGGCAGGGACGGGAAUUCCCCCCUGACCAUCCCUCCACAGCCCAUUCCUGCCCUUGGAUCGGGGCUGGAUUCACCCAAGCUGGAAUUUCUGGGGAGGAGGAAGCUGAGUUACCUCCGAGUGGCUCCUGGGAACCCACCCCAGCCCUUCCCGGGAAUCGACCCUUUGGCAGGAGAAAUCAGGGAUUCCUGGGAUUCUCUGGGGCCCUGAAUGGUGGGAAUUCCUCGGGCAGGAAGGGCUGGGGGAGGGAACCCCAACUCCAGCCCGGGAAUGGGAAUGGGCUGGAUAAAGAGGAAAUGGUUGCUUGAAACAUUUUCGUUCUGCUACUUUAGAGCCGCGUUCGCUCUCUCUGUUUGUAAAUAAUCCGUAGGUGAUCCCUGGAAAUCCCCGGAUCCUCCUUUCCCUGCUCCCUGCACAGAUCUCCCCCUCCAGCUUCACUUUGGUAGGAAAACACAAUAAAGGAAUGUG